AUGGUUGAAGGAGCUAAGCCUUACUGGGCUUUGAGAAAUGAUCUCUUUCCUGAGGAUGGGUUAGUGAUCCUGGGGGACCGAAUAGUGGUGCCAGUUGCCCUACGCAACAAGGCCCUAGGAAAAAUUCAUAAAGCCCAUUUAGGGAUAGAAAAGGCAAAGGCGAAAGCCAGGCAGUCACUGUACUGGCCAGCAAUAACUAAUGACAUAGUCACAAUGAUUCAGGCAUGUCGCAUCUGUGAGCGACACCGACCACUUAAUAGGAAAGAACCUCUGAUACCUCAUGAGGUACCCAAGUAUCCCUUUCAGAAAGUGAGUAUAGAUAUAAUGGAACUAGGAAUGACUAAUUACCUGAUCUUGGAAGAUAACCUCUCCAAAUGGCUAGACAUAAAAAAACUAAACAGCAAAUCAAGCUCCUCAGUGAUCAGUGCGCUUCGGCAGACAUUUGCCAUCCAUGGAAUCCCAGAGGUUAUUUACGGGGACAACAAUCCUUUGAAUUCACAGGAAUGUCAUGCCUAUGCCCGUGACAUUGGGAGUCAGAUAAUCACCAGUUCCCCGGAGUAUCCAAGGAGUGAUGGCCUGGCAGAAAAAGGGGUACAUAUAGCAAAACAACUAUUAAAGAAAUGUUUUGAUGCUAAAGUCAAUUACCUGGAUGCUCUCUUGGAGUAUAAUAAUACUCCCUUGUCUGGUAUGAAUGUAUGUCCUUCUCAAAUACUCAUGAGUCGAACAUGUCGCACAGCAGUCCCGAUGUUGCAAAGAAACCUGGAACCAAAAGUGGUUAAUGUACAUGCUGAAUUGAAACGAAAACAAGGGCAAACUAAGCGUCAACAUGACUUACAUGCCAAGGUUCGCUCACAGGUCUAUCAGCCUGGCUCACCAGUUGCUAUUCGAAGGGGGAAAAAGUGGGAGAAAGGGACGGUGGUGCGGAAGCACUCUGCUCCUCGUAGUUACAUAGUUCGAACUUUGGAUGGACGAAUUCUUCGUCGUAAUACAUUUCACCUCCAACCUUCCAAAACUAGGCCUGACAGUCAUGAUACACCUAUGGAUGUAGAAGGAUGCAUGGAAAGUGUACUGAAUACAAAUCCUGUCAUGACUGAAACUCAUACUGAAACUUUUGUGCCCACAGAACCCAACGAAGGUGAGGCCCUUGACCACGACGAAGAUGGACUUGGACAAGACCAACCUGGUCUUGACCCCCAACUCGCUACGUCACAUCAGAAUCCCUCUCAGUCGGCUCUCACUGGAAGAACCACUCGAGCUGGGCGACGUGUGAAACCUCCAAUGAAGUAUGGAUAUGAUGAAUAG